GUUGGGGUUUACAGCCAGAAGCCACUAGUCCCAACAUGCAUAGGAUCAGGACCAUAGACUCAGACUUUGGGAAGAAAAGACAAAAAAAGAUGGAUAAUCAUAUUUCCUCCAUGAUUUAUGAAAUUAAAUUUCAUGAAUUUGUCCUUUUUAUUUUAGAGAAGAAAAUGGGGGCAACCCGGAGAACAUUCCUGACGGAUCUAGCUCGAAAGAAAGGUUUUCGGGUUGAAAACGAAUUAAGCAAUUCAGUGACUCACAUUGUGGCAGAAAAUAAUUCUGGUUCAGAUGUUCUGGCAUGGCUCAAGACACAUAAAAUGGAAAAGACAACACAGUUUGAGCUCCUUGAUAUCUCUUGGCUGAUUGAAUGCAUGAAAGUUGGAAAACCAGUGGACACAAAAGGAAAAUAUCAGCUCAUGGAGAGCAGAGUUGAUUCAGCUAAUCCAGACCCAACCGCAGGCACCUUGAACAUUCUACCACCUACAACAAAAACAAUCUCCCAAUAUGCUUGCCAGAGACGGACAACUAUAAACAACCAUAACCAAAGGUUUACGGAUGCUUUUGAAAUAUUGGCAAAAAAUUAUGAGUUUAAAGAAAAUGAUGACACUUGCCUGACAUUUAUGAGAGCAAUCUCAGUGCUGAAAUGUCUUCCAUUUGAGGUUGUCAGCUUGAAAGACACAGAAGGUCUGCCAUGGAUUGGAGAUGAAGUCAAAGGUAUCAUGGAGGAAAUUAUAGAAGAUGGAGAAAGUUUGGAAGUUCAAGCUGUGCUAAAUGAUGAGCGCUACCAGUCUUUCAAACUGUUUACAUCUGUGUUUGGAGUGGGAUUAAAGACGGCUGACAAAUGGUAUCGAAUGGGUUUCAGGACACUGAAUAAAAUCCGAUCAGACAAAACCCUGAAACUUACCAAAAUGCAGAAAGCAGGGCUUUGCUAUUAUGAAGACCUCAUUGAUUGUGUGUCCAAGGCAGAAGCAGAUGCAGUGAGCUUGCUAGUUCAAGAUGCAGUCUGGACUUUUUUGCCUGAUGCUUUAGUCACCAUAACAGGAGGGUUCCGAAGGGGAAAGGAGUUUGGGCAUGAUGUAGAUUUUUUGAUAACUAGCCCAGGAGCUGAAAAAGAGCAAGAAGACCAGCUUUUACAGAAAGUUACUAACUUAUGGAAAAAACAGGGGUUACUUUUGUACUGUGACCUCAUAGAGUCAACAUUUGAAGACCUCAAAUUGCCAAGCCGGAAGAUUGAUGCCUUAGAUCAUUUUCAGAAAUGCUUUUUAAUUCUAAAAUUAUAUCAUCACAAGGAAGACAAGAGAAAAUGGGAAAUGCCUACAGGGUCUAAUGAGAGUGAAGCCAAAAGCUGGAAGGCCAUCCGUGUGGAUUUGGUGGUUUGUCCAUAUGAUCGCUAUGCAUUUGCUCUUUUAGGCUGGUCAGGCUCAAGGCAAUUUGAAAGAGAUUUACGGAGGUAUGCCACACAUGAGAAGAAGAUGAUGCUGGAUAACCAUGCUCUGUAUGAUAAGACUAAGAAAAUUUUUCUCAAAGCCAAAAGUGAAGAAGAAAUUUUUGCACACCUGGGAUUGGAGUACAUUCAACCAUCGGAAAGAAAUGCCUAGAACAAAAUUGCAUGAACAUCUCUCAAUGACUUCAUCUCUCUUUCUUCAUCAUAUAAUCUGGUUCAAUCAUUUUUCUUUCUCUGUCCUAUGGGAGUAAAUGGAAAGUAGUAGGAAAUCAUAGAAUUCACUAAAUGUAGUUGAAAUAUCAAUUGUUUCUGAAAAGGAUUUUUCCCUCUAUAUAAAUCUCGGGAGUGCCAAGCUUUUGAAUGGAUUGAAGUUCAACAGUACCUAUAUGAAUCAGCCACUCUGCUUUCAGAAUACAUUCUCUCACAGAAAUAAUGCAUGCUGAAUUGAUUCUCAAGCCAAUUUACAAAAGCCCAUUUAACGCCAAAGCAGGUGAAAUCAAACAUGCUCAAUAAAAUCAUGAUAAAACAUUAC